UCGCUGGGUUGAUUGUUGUUUUCUUGCUAAACACUGACAAGUUAAGUUCGGACUACGGCAUUAGAAGACCGUCGGAAUAUUUACGUUGAUUUCAUUACCAAAGAAUUUGGAUUGGUCCAAUGGCGUCAUCGAACACCGGCGGCGUAAGGCCCAUGACCAUCACGGGCCGUAUGGUCCGUGAACGGGAGCGUCUGACAAAUAUGACCCCGGAAGAGCGCGCCUGGAGAGCCCAGUGGCUGAAAGAUCAAAUAUUAUCCCAUAACGAACCACGUUAUGUUCCCGAAUAUUGGAAAGAACGCCGGAACCCGAUUCGUCGUUUCUAUCGCGCUCCAUUGGACAUGGUUAAGAAAGUGUUAACGCCAGUCGUGGGUCCAAACUGGGCACAAUCAAUCCGCUUUUGGUCUGGCAAAAUCGCAUUGUCAGCGUUUGCGGUGUACGCGGGAGCCUACUACUUCAAAUACAAUCAAAACGAUUGGACCCGAAAAGGUGGUUGGCGAGUGAUUCACUCUAGAACGGCUGUAGUCCCAGGAGAUGAAGGCUAUCCUAAUUUUCCGCAACGCUCCGGUCCAGCUGAUUAUGCUGCCCGCGGUUUCAAGCAGUCUCCAAUUUAAAUUGGAGGCAAUUUCUUUUCGUUUCUAUAACAUCAAUGAAUUAUAAAUCGAAAUUCAAAA